UCGGGGCAGCAUUGAAAUAGCGUGUUUGUUCGUCUUCUCCAUCGGUAACAAAAACUCAAUUUCACACAUUCACACACAGUAGUCGGUAAGUAGCGGUAAGCCCCGAACAUGGAGAAGGAGAAAGGAAAGCAGACCAGAAACAAUCCUUCACAUGGAAAAAUAUCACUCCAACAGUUCGUUUCCAUUACGGCUCCUCUUCUAGACUUGGAAAAAGAAGCCGAGAUAUCACAGUCUGUGAGCUCCGGCGCAACCAGAAGUUUGGAGAGUGCUCAAAAGAAGGGAUCGACCAUUCUCAAUUUGAAGUGUGUAGAUGCUCAGACAGGGUUGAUGGGGAAAAGUCUUCUUGAGUUUCAAUCUAAUAAAGGGGAUGUGCUUCCUCCUCACAAGUUUGGAACUCAUGAUGUUGUGGUUCUGAAACCAAACAAAUCGGACUUGGGGUCUCCUCCCCUUGGGCAAGGUGUUGUUUACAGAAUAAAGGACACGUCAAUCACUGUUGCCUUUGAGGACAUACCGGAGGAAGGUUUGAAUAGUCCCCUACGCCUUGAAAAAGUGGCAAAUGAGGUAACUUAUCGUAGGAUGAAGGAAACGUUGGUUCAGCUAAGCAAAGGUGUACCGACAGGUCCUGCUGCCGAUCUAAUUCCUGUUCUGUUUGGUGAGAGGUCACCAACUGUGUUGAAAAAGGAAAUCAAGUUCACUCCUUUGAACUCAAACCUUGAUCAUUCACAGAAAGGUGCUAUUUCAAAGGCUCUAUUAUCCAAAGAGCUCUUUUUGCUGCAUGGACCUCCUGGAACUGGGAAGACUACGACUGUGGUUGAAAUUAUUCUGCAAGAAGUCAAGCGUGGAUCGAAAAUUCUUGCUUGUGCUGCUUCCAACAUUGCAGUUGAUAACAUUGUGGAGAGACUUGUGCCUCAUAGAGUUAAGCUGGUGAGAGUGGGACAUCCUGCUCGCUUACUUCCUCAAGUAUUGGAUACUGCUUUAGAUGCUCAGGUCCUGCGUGGGGAUAAUAGUGCACUUGCAAAUGAUAUUCGCAAGGAAAUGAAGGCUUUGAAUGGAAAACUUUUAAAAGCCAAAGAUAGAAAUACUAAAAGAGAUAUUAGAAAGGAACUCAAGACUCUCUCAAAAGAGGAACGUAAAAGGCAGCAGCUGGCAGUGAUUGAUGUGAUUAAGAAUGCAGAUGUAGUAUUAACAACACUGACUGGUGCAUUGUCUAAGAAGCUGGAUGGCUUUUCCUUUGAUUUGGUUAUAAUUGAUGAAGCUGCCCAAGCAUUAGAAAUAGCAUGCUGGAUAGCUCUUCUGAAGGGCUCCCGAUGCAUAUUAGUAGGUGAUCACCUCCAGCUUCCCCCAACAAUCCAGAGUGUUGAAGCUGAGACGAAAGGGUUAGGAAGAACCCUAUUUGAACGUCUUGCAGAGUUGUAUGGAGAUGAUGUCAUGUCUAUGCUCACUGUUCAGUACCGCAUGCAUGAACUUAUUAUGAAUUGGUCAUCUGAAGAACUCUACCAAGGAAAGAUUCAAGCCCAUUCAAGUGUUGCAGCCCAUACUUUAUAUGAGCUGGAGGGUGUCAAUAAAACAUCAUCAACAGAACCAACCAUUCUUCUUAUUGACACAGCAGGUUGUGAUAUGGAAGAGAAGAAGGAUGAAGAAGAUAGCACACUGAAUGAAGGGGAAGCUGCCGUCGCUAUAGCACAUGCUAAGAGACUUGUGGAGAGUGGAGUUCAAGCUGCCAAUAUAGGAAUUAUUGCACCUUAUGCAGCACAGGUUGUGCUGCUGAAAAUGUUGAGAAGCAAAGAAGACAAGUUAAAAGAUAUGGAAAUCUCUACAGUUGAUGGCUUUCAAGGCCGUGAAAAGGAAGCAAUUAUCAUUUCAAUGGUCCGCUCAAACUCAAAGAAAGAGGUUGGUUUUUUAAGUGAUCGUAGGAGAAUGAAUGUGGCAGUGACGCGAGCAAGGAGGCAAUGUUGCAUUAUUUGUGACACGGAGACUGUCACUGGAGAUAAAUUCUUGAAGCGUUUGAUUGAGUACUUUGAGGAACAUGGCGAAUAUUUGAGUGCUUCAGAUACUCCGAGCUGCUGGAGGAAUUCGUUGAGAUCAAUCUGCGGCUUCUCUUCAGAGCCUCUGGUGGAUCACAUGGACGCUCGGCUGCGCAUUCAAAUUCAGCAGUCCUGUAGUGGACAGCUUCGAGUGGAAGGUAUUGGCAGGGAACCAUUUGAACUUGUGCGACUUGCUCAAUGGAUUGAAGUUGGAUCUCAAGUGGGGCAGGUUAAGGUACGCCUCUGGCCCAUAUAACCUUCUUGCGGCUUCAUCGUAAGCCAUGGCAGCCUCUUCGGCGGUGGAGAAAGAGCCCAGCCAGAGCCUGGUCCUCUUCUUGGGCUCUCUUAUCUCGGCCACCCACUUCCCCCAAGUCCUCUGUCGAACGCCACGGUACUCGCAGGUGGCGUUCUGAGGACCGCCUUUACCCCUCGCGGGGCCUUUCUUCCAUGGCUUGAGGGGGGAUUUCCUGCAGUUGUCCAUGAGUGAGUGAGUGAGUGAGUGAGGAGUAGAGUAGUUUGUUACAUGAGUGGCGCGGGGUAUGUAUAGUGUAUAGGCUGUGUUUGGUUUAAAUGUGUUCACGUUUGGAAAAAGAAUUUGAAGCCCCAUGUGACCGUUUGCUGUUGGUCAUUGUUAA